GGAAGACACCACUUCAGAAAUUGCACAUCAGAAAAUCUCGAAUUCUCCAGAAACUAUACAGACAAGGAAUAGGUGAGCAGCGGGACAAGAUUUCUCACAUCUCAACCAUCAAUGUUGAAGAACCCUGAAGAUUGAAAAGCGGAGAGCUCCUAUAGGCAAUAUCACUUAAAGAGUAAACGAGAAUGAUAUUGCCUUGUGGGCAUUCAUUUGGAGGCGGUGGAGUACAGCAAGUUAUUAGAAUGAAAGCUUGCUUCACCUGUUCUCAGUCAAUUUCAGAAGACUCAAUUUCUCCAAAUCUCUCUCUUCGAAGUGCUGUGCAGGCAUUCCGUCAUGAAGAAGAGUUACACUUCUAUCGCUCAUCCAAAAGGAAAAGAGAAAGGUUUGACCAGGACAAGGGUGGUUAUGGUGAUUUAGCACUCACGGAUCCUCCAAAGUGUAGAGGUGUUCAAUUUCCAUUUGCUGUGACAGAUCAAGUUAUUAUAAAGAGGACAUCACAACGCUUUGUUGGGCGUGAGGCAGUUGUUACAGCACAAUGCUUGAAUGGAUGGUAUGUGGUAAAGACAUUGGAUAAUGCACAGAGUGUAAAGUUGCAGUAUUGCUCACUUGCCAAGGUAUCAAAUGAUUCAUCAUCCAAGGCCCUGCCAAGCAAAAUACAUGAUAUUAUGUCCUAUAUGACGAAGAAAGAAUGUUUGAUUGUGAAUGUUGGGGCAGUUGGGCCAUCUUUCCUCCCAAGAGUAGUAAACAAAAAGGGAUCAAUGGGUCUGAGGUUCUUUCUCAAAGAAUCCAUCUUCAAGCAUAGAGUGUUCCAAGUGAAGAAAGAUUAAUGGAUCUAUGUAAUUAUUGGAGGGCACAAGAAUCAAAGAUCAGGAAGUGAUGAUUCAUGUUAUAUAGCUGAAAAUAUCACUAGACUUCUCAACACAUGAUGGUCCCCCCCCCUCCCCCCCC